AUGGUGCGUCAAAUCCACUUGGAUAAAGGUUGGAAGUUCAAGCAAGCCAGCUCUCUGAACGGCGGCACUGCUUCGUCCUUUCUACCUGUCGCCCAGUUUCCAACUGUCGCUCAUAUUGAUCUUUUGCAUCAUGAGUUGAUCCCCGAUCCCUAUAUUGACAUCAACGAACUGAAGUGUCUUUGGGUCAAUGAUGCGGACUGGACAUAUCGUACCGAGGAGAUUUCCGCACUCGAUCUGAAACCCUCUGAAAAGGUAGAACUUGUCUUUGAGGGCCUUGAUACAGUAGUUGACGUAUAUCUGAACGAUUCGCAUAUCUUGUCCAGCAACAAUAUGCACAGAUCUCACCGUAUCGAUGUCACUGAUAUGCUGCGGGGUAGAGAGAAACCGUCUGUUUUGGAGCUCAAGUUCAAAGCUGCCCCAGCCUAUGGUCGUUCUGAACGUGAGCGUAUUGGAUACAAAACGCUCAAGGAGGGAAGAGGCGUCAGCUUUGGUGGGUCUGAGAGACUCUUUGUCAGGAAGGCUCAGUAUCAUUGGGGUUGGGACUGGGGACCAUGCGUCAACACUAGCGGUCCUUGGAAACCCAUUUACUUGGAGGUCUACGAGUCACGCAUCUGUGAUCUCAAGGUCACCCAGAAUGUUGCCCCGGAUCUCUCCUCUGUGGACAUCAAAGUCGAAGCCCAACUAGAGGGUCACAACGGUAUCAAUGAGGUUCAGGUUCAAUUACUGGACGUUGAAACAGGGGAUGUCGUUGUUGACGAUAAAGCGUCAAAGUCGACUAGAGGCGCUCUAUCGUUUACGGUAAAGGUCAACAAACCUAAGCUAUGGUACCCGUUCUUGUAUGGGGAGCAGAACCUGUAUCUCCUCCAGGUCAGCAUUCCCAAUCACACCGUGAGCAAGAAGUUAGGCAUCAGACGGCUGCGCUUACUACAACACCCACUCAAAAACCAGCCAGGCACCUCAUUCGUCUUUGAAGUCAACAACAUUCGUCUCUUCAGCGGAGGCUCAUGUUGGAUCCCCGCCGACUUCAUGCUACCGCGAGUGUCAAGAAGCACAUACGAGAAAUGGAUCACUCUUGCCAAAGCCGGAAAUCAGUCAAUGAUUCGUGUCUGGGGCGGCGGAAUUGUUGAGAGUGACGACUUUUACGAUAUAUGUGACCGUGAAGGCAUCAUGGUCUGGCAGGACUUCUUGUUCGCAUGCGGCAACUACCCAGCCUCUCCAGACUUCGUUGCCAAUUCCAAGAUCGAAGCGGAGCAACACGUGCAGCGUGUUGGUCAUCAUCCCUCCCUUGCUUUGUGGUGUGGAAACAAUGAAGAUUACAUGUGCGCAGACGGAGAUCGCUGCUGGGAUGUUGACUACAGUGACACGACCGGACCAUGGGACAAGACCACAUUUCCAGCACGUGAGAUCUAUGAACGCACUCUCCCUUCCGUCAUCAAAGCAUCAGGCACUGAUGUCCCAUAUUGGAUCAGCUCUCCUUACGGUGGAAGCUUCUCCAAUGACACCACGGUUGGUGACACGCACUGCUGGGAUGUCUGGCAUGGCCAGAUGUCACCAUACCAGGACUACAAAGCCUACAUGUCUCGCUUCAUGUCCGAAUUCGGCUUCGAGUCAGCUCCUAGUCUCCAGACUCUUCAGCGAGCUAUCACGUCUCCCCAAGAGCGCCAUGCACAGUCGAGGACCUUUGACGUCCAUGAUAAAGGCCCUGGUCAUCAAAGACGGUACCCAAUGUACAUGGGCGAGAACUAUCGCUUCCGUAUGAACCCACUUCGCGACUUUGUGUACUGCACGCAGUUCCUUCAGGCCGAAGCGAUGGCGUAUGCUUAUAACUGUUGGCGACGUGAGUUCCGAGGGCCUGGGGAAGAGAACUGUGGUGGUGUCUUGGUCUGGCAGCUGAACGACAUCUGGCCUGGUAUUAGCUGGGCACUAGUUGAUGUUGAUAUGAAUCCCAAGCCUGCUUACUACAUUACUAAGCGAGCACUCGACAAGAUGGUUGUUGGAAUGGAACGAGUCGCCACAGAGAAGCCACCUUAUAUCACCACUGGUUAUCUCGAUAAGAAGCACAAAGUCGACAUUUGGGCUGUCAACGGUCAUCUCGACGAUAUGAAGGUCAGCCUGGAGGUCAAAGCAUUUGAUAUCCAGAGCGGGAAGCCAGUUGAAUGGAAGGGUGCGGUCGCGUCAAAGGAACAUGUUCUGAAAGCGAACCGUUCAACUGAACUUCUGGCCGGGCUGGACAUUCCAAACCCCGAUGAAACGGUCUUGGUUGCGUAUAUACGAGACGUAUCAUCCGGAGAACAACUAGCCAGAUGGGUGAGCUGGCCCGAGCCUCUCAAGUAUGUGCACAUGUCUCCUGAUCUGAAAAUCACUACGGAGAUAGUGGAUGAUGGAUCAGCUGUCAUCUUGAGGACCAAUGCGCCGGCCAAAGGAGUGGUGUUGAGUGCAUCUGGCAGUGAUGGCAAGAACGUGGUCUUUGACAACAAUUUCAUCGAUAUGGUGCCAGAUGAGGAUGUGAGAGUUGGGUUAACCGGAUUGCUUGGGGAUCGUGUUGAUGUUAGGUUUCUUUAUGAUUGGGAACUCGAACCGAGGUUUGAGUUGUGA